UAAAUCAUAUAACGUGGAAUGACUGCUUUAGCUAAAGUAUAUAUAAUUUAUAAACAACCUCGAAGCUCAUGGUACAUCUGUUAAAUUUCGUCAUUCAAAGUCAAUUCUCUUAAGGAGAUAAUGAAAGGACUUUUUACUCCCGGAAGCAGAAUAGUGCGCUUAAAGGAGAGCCUAACAAGUCGUGCAAGUGCUGUUGACAUAUCUCAAAACAAUUAUUUAUAAGUGACAGCACGCUUCAGGACCGUAACUAAUAUUCAAAAGCUAAACUUGGGAGUCGUGGUGUUGCACGCACUGAAGUCAGUGACACCUUUCUGCUUAUGCACGAGAAAGAGAGCUGUUACACAAGCAGGUUUCUCUUCUUCAGAUACAACAACAGGAUAAUAAUAAACACUAAUAAUACUUCUACAUUGAGUUGUGACACUACUUGUCAAGGUCUCCGAUAGAGUAAGACUUCUCUGCUUCUGCGAGACUGGUUGAACAUCUGCAGAGGAUCACAGCCAGCGGAAUGUUUGCAAUACGAAGAAGCUUCAGUCUUCUGUGCAGAGGAUCAGCUGCUUCAACAUGGAGAAAUAAAAGUCAAAGUGCUGCGAAGAGGCUGGAUAUAAGGGGGAUUUAUCCUCCCAUUGCCACUCCAUUCACUCAGAGUGAAGAUGUGGAUUACCAAAGACUUGAUGACAAUCUUAAGAAGUACGGCAACUUACCUUUCAGAGGUCUGGUAGUGCAGGGCUCUAAUGGGGAAUAUCCAUACCUGACACCGGAGGAGAGGGUUGAGGUGGUGAAGAGAGUCAAACAGGCGCUGCCAAAAGACAAGUUACUCAUGGCUGGAUCUGGCUGUGAAUCCACCAGAGCCACAAUCCAAAUGAGCCAGCAAAUGGCAGAUGGCGGGGCUGACUGUUUGUUAGUGGUAACACCUUGCUUUUACCGCGGCCGAAUGGAUAGCCGAGCUCUUAUAAACCACUACGCUAAGGUGGCAGAUUCCAGUUCAGUGCCAGUUGUGUUGUACAGCGUGCCAGCAAACACGGGUCUCGACCUGCCUGUGGAUGCAAUAAUCCAACUUUCCCAGCAUCCAAAUAUUGUCGGCCUCAAAGACAGUGGUGGAGAUAUCACCAGAAUAGCUCUGAUUGUGCAGAAAACCAGAUCGCAGGGUUUCCAGGUUCUUGCAGGAUCUGCUGGUUUCCUCGUGGCUGCAUAUGCUGUCGGGGCCGUGGGAGGCGUGUGCGCCCUUGCAAAUGUCCUGGGUCAGCAGGUGUGUGAUCUAGCACAGCUGUGUGUUUCAGGACGCUGGGAUGAGGCCAGAGAGCUCCAAUAUCGCCUCAUCGAACCCAACACAGCAGUAACGCGGCAGUAUGGCGUUCCCGCUUUGAAACAAGCAAUGGAGUGGUUUGGAUAUCACGGGGGGGUGUGCCGGUCCCCACUGCAGCCUUUAUCAAAGGCAGAUUUAGAGCAGCUUCAAGUCAAAUUCUCCUCCAAUGGUUGGCUGUAGAAGCAGGAAGGCCAACGGAAUCAAAGGGUUACAGUACUCAGGUGUUCUAAAACAGAAUGUUUAAUUAUUCUUUUUGUGUUAUCAUUAAUUCAAGCUGACUUUAUAAAGAGAUUUUCAUCAUAACGUUGCAUUAAAAUAUAAUUUGCAAGCUACAUCUUAUUCUU